GUUUAUUUAGAUUGUCAACAUUUCACAAAUGUUUGGUUAUAUUUUGAACGACAAAUUUUAUUAAUUUUUAUAAAAAUAUCAAUUAAAUAUAUUUCGCAAUGGGAAAAGUAAUGUCCAUAGUAUCAAGAAAAGUGAAUCGCUUUAAUGUAGAGAAUAGAGCACAUCGUAUAUUGGAAAGAGAAAAGCCGGUAGCUGCACCAAAGUAUGAAGGAAAUAUUAGGGAUAUGGAGAGAACUAUGGAAUUGGAUCCUAAUUUCCUGGAGAAAUUAAAUAAAAAGGACAGCGCUUUAGAUGAAAGACUUAAAAAUGUUUAUGUAACCUCGCAGGACAGAUUUAUUGAUUAUGGCUUAAAACGAAGUCAAUCAUCGGAGGAUAAACAAUUACCUUUGGAUCGUCAUACACCCGAAGAUUUUGAAUUCGGUUAUAUGGAACCACAAAGGAUCACAAUUGGUCGCUGCACCUUAAGACAGGCUUUAAAGUUUAUAACAGAUCACCAGUCAGAACCGGAAAAGUGGACGCCUGCCAAAAUUGCAGAGGACUACAAAAUGAAGCCAGAGUUAGUUGAUAAUAUAUUAAAAUACUUUAGAAGUUAUAAUAUUUAUAUACCAGAUCAAAGAAGCAGCAAGGAUUCAAUAUUGACACAAGCCAAACGACACAUGCUAACAGAUAAAUCCAAAAAUGAAUCUUAAAUCUUAAGCGGCUACAGUGUAAUGAAUACUUGAAUUUUGUUAUUGUAAAUAAAAUGUAUGCAAAGGCAUAUGGUCAUAAAAUUGUUAAAGUUU